ACCUUACAUGAGAACCUGUUCAGGAAUUGACCAUCUCAGCCAGAUGUUUGAUCCAGCUGAGGACCGGGAAGCCUCCUAAGGAAACGGGCUGGCUGGUCACGGAUGAGGCCCAUCCAGAUUUGGGACAAAAUGGCUGCCAAGGAGGGGACCCAGUCAAGCUUCGGCCUCCGGUUUCAUGCCGAGCUGGAGCAAGGGACGCACCAGCGGAUUAAGAUGGAGGAAGAAGAGCCGCCGGGUUCCUCGUCCGGAGAAGGCUCGGAGGAAGUUCCUCACCUCCUUCAGCCUGGAAGCUUUCGGGAGUUCUUGCAAAGGCCACCGGGAGACCAGGAAGCCGGAGAUGGUCUCCUCCAGCGCUGGGAGGCCCAGUGGCAGGAGUUUCUGCAGAAACUGGAGUACCCUCACUCAGAAUGGGAGGCGCCCCAAUUGCUGGAGGAGCCCACUCCCUGGGAUAACACCAAGGCCUUCCUGGCGUCUUUCGAACAAGUGGCCCAGGCCUGUCAGUGGCCUAGAGAAGACUGGAUGGCCAGACUCUUGCCUGCCCUGAGUGGGGAAGCAGAGCAGAUCUUUAGCAACCUGGACACUAGAGACCGGGUGGACUAUGACAAGGUGAAAGCAGCAAUCUUGAGGGGGGACGCCAUUUCCAGGGAGCGCCAGCGGCAGAAUUUCCGCCGCUUCUGCUACCAGGAGGCCGAAGGCCCGAGGGGCGUCUACAGCCAGCUCCAGAAACUCUGUCAUCGGUGGCUGAAAGUGGAGAGACACUCCAAGGAGCAGAUUUUGGAGCUACUGAUCCUGGAACAGUUCCUGGCCAUCCUGCCCCCAGAGAUGCAAAGCUGGGUCCGGGAACAUGGUCCCGAGACCUGCUCCCAGGCGGUUUCCCUGGCCGAGGAUUUCCUGCAAAGGCAACCGGCUGAGGCGAGUUGGGAAGAAGAGGAGCUGGGACCCAUUGAAGAGAUUUCGCUGGACUUCUCUGAGGAAGAAGACUCACCAUCGAACGAGGCUGACGGGGAUGCUCAGGAGAGAGAUGUUGAUUCCUUGGGAUGGUCGUGCAUGAAUGAGAAGAUGGCCCAUGCCGAAAGUUUCGACCAAGUUUUCAACAGGAGCCUGAAACGGGGGAGACUGGACAACAAAGUCUCCCACUUCGGGGAGGAGGAGGAGGAGGAGGAGGAAGACGUCCUGCAGGGGUGGUACCGAGCCGAGAGGAAGAAAGCAAGUGGCCUGCAAGGGGACAGAGAGGAAUCUGGCUCCCCCCUGUGGGAGGGCGAGGAACUGCUGGACGGUCCCAGGGAUGAUGAGCAAUUCCACGAAGGAAAAGACGCCUACCUGGCGGGUGGCUGGAGCUUUAGGCCGAGAGCUGAUCUGAUUAAACACGAGAAAAACGAUCUUUACAAAUUCUCGGACGGCGGCAGGAGCUUCAAAGCGAUUUCCCCCUGCCUUUCCAGCAACGACAACGACGAGGAGAAGAAGCCGCACCAGUGCCCCGAGUGUGGCAAGUCCUUCAUUGCCAAAGCCCACCUGAUCAUCCAUCAGCGGAUCCACACCGGAGAGAGGCCCUUUAAAUGCCUGUCCUGUGGGAAGACCUUCACCCAGCGCUCCAACCUCACCGUCCAUCAGCGCAUCCACACAGGCGUGAAACCCUUCCAGUGCUCGGACUGCGGGAAAAGUUUCUGCUCCAGCACCAACCUCAGCAAACACCAGGCUGUCCAUGUGAAAGGGGCCCCGUACAAAUGCUUAGCCUGCGGGAAAAGCUUCAAGAUCCAUGCCCAUUUUAUCGCCCACAAAAGGAUCCACGCCAGGCGGAAGCUUCACUCCUGUCCGGACUGUGGGAAAUCUUUCCUUGCCGCGUUACACCUCAUCAUCCACCAGCGGAUUCAUACCGGAGAGAAACCCUAUAAAUGCGUGGAGUGCGGGAAAACCUUUAGCCAGAACGCUCACCUCAAAGUGCACCAGAAAAUCCAUAAGAAAGGCAAGCAAUUUCAGUGCGCCGACUGUAGCGAAAGCUUCCACUCCAGGUUGAACCUCAGCCAGCACCAAACCCUCCACGCCGCCGAGAACCCUUAUAAGUGCACCGAAUGCGAGAAGUCCUUCCGCCUCAAUUCCCACCUGAUGGCGCACAAGCGGAAUCACGCUGCCAAAAAACCGCACAAGUGCUCCUACUGCGGGAAAGCUUUCUUUACCAAAUCCUACUUCAUCAUCCACCAGAGGAUCCACACCGGGGAGAGGCCGUUCAAGUGCUUGACGUGCGGGAAAUGCUUCAGCCAAAGCUCCCACCUGAACGUCCACAAGCGCACCCACACCGGGGUGAAGCCCUUCCCGUGUUCUCACUGCGGGCAGAGUUUCAGCUCCAGCACCAACCUGCUUAAGCACCAGAGAAUCCACACGGGAGAAAACCUGUAUAUUUGCUCGGACUGUGGCAAGAGCUUCAAGGUGCAUUCCCACUUGAUUGCUCACAAGCGCAUGCAUGUGGCCAAGAAGCCGCACAAGUGCUCCUACUGUGGGAAGUCUUUCUUUGCCAAGUCCUACCUCAUCAUCCACCAGAGGAUCCACACCGGGGAGAGGCCCUACAAAUGCUUGGCUUGCGGCAAGAGCUUCACGCAGAGCUCCAACCUGACGGUGCACGAGCGCACCCACGCGGGCAAGAACCCGUUCCAGUGCUCGGACUGCGGGAAGAGCUUCAAAGUGAGCUCGCACCUGCUCGCCCACAAGAAAAUCCACGAAACCAAGAAGCCGCACAAGUGCUCCUACUGCCACAAGUCCUUUGUUUUCAAGUCCUACCUGAUCAUCCACGAGCGGAUGCACACGGGCGAGCGGCCGUUCAAGUGCCUGGCCUGCGGGAAGAGCUUCAGCCAGAGUUCCCACCUCAACGUCCACAAAAGGACCCACUUGGGGAAGAAGCCGUACCAGUGUUCCGAAUGCGGGAAAAGUUUCCGCGUGAGUUCCCAGCUCCUAGCCCACAAAACCAUUCACACGGCCAAAAAGGCCUACGCCAACCCGACCGCCAACAGCAACAGCAACAGCAGCAGCAGCAGCAGCAACGACGGGAAUAGCAAUAAAUGCCUGGAUUGCGGGAAAACCUUUAUCUCCAAGUCCUACCUGAUCGUCCAUCAGAGGAUCCACACCGGCGAGAGACCCUACAAAUGCCUGGUGUGCGGGAAGUGCUUCAGCCAGAGCUCGCACCUGACGGUCCAUCAGAAGACCCACCGCCGCGUGAAGAUGUUCCCGUGCUCCGACUGCGAGGAGAGCUUCAACUCCCACAUGAAGCUGCUGAAGCACCAGAGGAUGCACAUGAAAGGGAACCCCUUCCAGUGCCUGGAUUGCGGGAAAUCGUUCGUCACCAAAUCGCAACUCAUCAUCCACCAGAGGAGCCACACGGGGGAGAGGCCGUACAAGUGCUUGGACUGCGGGAAAGGGUUCAGCCAGAGCUCCAACCUGAUCCGCCACCAGCGGAUUCACUCGGGGGAGAACCCUUAUAAAUGUUCAGACUGUGGGAAAAGCUUCUGCUCGCACGAGAAUCUGAUUAAACACCAGAGAAUCCACACCUAAAAACCCUGAACGAUCUGUUGAUUAAAAAAAAGGUUACGGGCCAGUGUUUCUCACCCUUGGG